AAAUAUGAUUUUUAUCUGAGAAAAAACCACCCCAGAUUAAAUGUUAAUGAUAAUAUCUACACCAUUUUCGCAUGCUUCUGACAAUAUGUGAAAAAAAUCCAAAACUACUCUGGUCUUAAUUUAUUGCAUGAGCAAUUAGAACUUCCGACAAACUUUUCUUGAAGCUGCAGGGUGAAAAUACAGAUACAAAUACAGAUAAUCCUCAACUUACAAAUACAACUGAAACCAGAAUUUCCAUUGCUUAGCAAGGCAUUGUUAAGUGAGUUGUACCCAAUUUUACAAAGAUUUUUGCCAAGAUUGUUACCUGAAUCACUGCAAUUGUUAAGUGAAUCCAACUUCCCAAAUGAACUGGAAAGGUUGUAAAUGGUAAUCACAUGAUCCCAGGAUGCUGCAACAGUCAUAAAUACAUGCCAGUUGCCAAGUGCCCAAAUUUUGGUUACAUGGUCAUCGGGAUGCUGUGAUGGUUGUAAGCGUGGAACCUGUUGUAAAUCACUUUCUUCAGUGCUAUUGUAAUUUCAAAUGGUCAGUAAAUGAAUGGUUGUAAAUCAAUGACUGCCCGUAGUAGCAGGUAUGAAAUGAACUAGAUAUAUUUCCUGAUAAGUUUUGGAAAGUUAUCAUGGAUAUCCAUAAAAGAAUCUCAAAUUAACUAUAAAAGCAAACAGAUUUCCUGCCAUGCUUGUGAAAUAACAACAAAAACCCCAGUCCAAAUUGAGAUUGCUUGAUGAAAAGCAAAAGAUUAAGGUUUGUAAAACUAGCCAGAUAAAGACAGGAUUUGGAGCUCUUAUAUAAACUUAUUCUCUAAUUAGACAUCAGAAACAGAUGGCUUAUUCAACACUGUGGGUUGCUGUCCUGCAUUCAGAAAGAUAUUUUGGUUGUAUCACAUGUAAUAAUCUUGAUGCAUUCCCCCUUUGAGAUGUUGCUUUUGUUUUUUAGUCUGCUUCUACACAAUGUUUUUAGUUAUUUUUUGUACACCACCCAGAGUCUCUUUGUGGGAGAAGGGCAGCCAUAUAAACUUGAUAAAUAGAUAGGCACGUUAAUAGGUAGAUAGAUGAUAGACAGGUAAGGAGAUAGAUAUUUUAGUUUGAACUACGAAGUGAUAUACAAGACAUCAUAGCUGCUGGGAGAAGAACUGAUGAACUGCACCCACUCACUGAAUUCAACUGAAAUAUCAGGUUACUAUACAGGCAAUCCUUAACUUACUGUAUGAUUGUAAUUGAACUCUCAACUAUAGUCGUGAGUUAUCACAUGACGGUAUCUGAUUUUAUGACCUUGUUUUGCAGUUGUUACUAAAUGAAUGUUGCAAUCAUUUAGUGAACCCAUUGGUCUCUAUAGGGCAUUUUUUUGCUAGAAACUGGAAAUAAAUGCCAGUUUCUGGCAAAAAUGUUGUAAAUCAUGGACAUGUGAUUGCAGGAUGCUGCAGAUGACAUAAAUGUGGGUCAGGUUUUUGACCCAUCCCAAAUUCAGUCAUGUUACAGUGGGGGAUGUGGCUGGAACUUUGAAUCGGGUCCUAAGUACCUUUUUCUGGGGUCCACCGUAACUUUGGACUUCCCUAAGUGAGUGGUCUAAGUCAAGGACUACCUGUAUAUUGGAUUGGAAGAACGCCAAUCCAACCUCAGUGUUUGCUUUUAGAAAUAUAAAUAUUAAAUAAAUAAAUAUAAAACACAACUCAGCACUGUAUCUCUGGAAAGAUUUAAACAUAGCAAGUCUUAUCUCCAUUGAAAUUUCAAUGCCAUGUUGAAAUAAUAUUGAGAAAUAAAGCCAGGACAACAUUGUUAUUUCAUGGGCAAACCUGCAGCUCUUUUUCAAAAGGGCCAAGCUCAAGUCAGGUCUGACAAAGAUUGUACUUUAUUGUGGAAAAAACAUUUUAAUCCCGUUCUUUGCAUGAAGAAAGCAGCUUGAUAGUUACUUUUCCCCCAACCUCGUCCACAACACGCCAAACCAUCACCAAAAAGCAUGGCAGAGAUGGCAGGUUGAAAUCUGGCACUGUUAAUAUAUGCACAUUUAAGAUCGAUUUCCAAGUAAAGCUGCAAUCUAAUGUGCAUUUCAAUAAUAAUAAUAACAACAACAACAUACAGUAAUCAAUCAACUGGAAAAUGCAUUUUCAAUCCUUAAUCUCCUAUGCACAACUCUAUUUCAAUUAAUAUUCCACGUAGUCCAUUUCUCUCGGCUUUUAUCUGUUCACCAUGGUCUUCUUCUCUUCAAUUACUUACUUCAGUUGCUGGCCCGUUUCCUUUGGCAAACGAUUUGGGGUGGAAUUCCAAAGGAAUUCUUCUAGUAUCAUAUCACGGCGAGAGAAAGGAAGCGUCCAUUCUGGGAGAUUAGCCACUAAUCGGAUUAUGAGUUCUUAGCCAGGCUCCCUACCCUUGCUUAUUCCUCUACUGGGCCUGACCCCUGUAGACAUCUGAAGGAAAUCCAAUCACAGUUGUAAACAGCUCCGGGAGAGGAAAGGCGCUUUCCUAAGUCCGAACGCGAGGCUAAGCGCCUCCUCGUUGCUGUCGCAAGUCCAGCCUCUGAGCCGCGCCUUCCUCCUCCCUUCCUUUCACUUGCUCUUUGCUUAGCACUGUCGCCAAGGCCUGGCAGGCGAGGGGGGGGGGGGUUAGAGGAAGAAGCGGGCGGGGAGCCCAGCAUUGCCGAGGGCGCAGCAGAAUCAAAACAAGCAAGACACGCCUUUUCCCUGGCUUGCAUUUCUUCCGCGGCGAGGCGUCUGUGGACGCGCGCCCGUGUGUGUGUAUGUGUGCGUGCGUGCAUGCGACAGGGCCGCGGUGCGUGAGCGAAGGACGAGUGUGCUGCUCCGCCUGACAAUGGAGCUGCAAUAGGCGGGGGUCGGCGGGGGUAGCAGCAGCGGCAGCAGCACUGCCAUCAAGAGUCUCCGCCGUCACCGUCGCCUCCUCCUCAGCCUUCCCGCUGCGACCCGCUCCUCCUCCUCCUCCUCCUCCUCCCUUGGCGAUGCCGAACCAGAAGAGUAACAAGGGCAAGAAGAACAAGCGCGCUAACAGCAGCGGGGACGAGCAGGAAAAUGGAGCCCUGGCCGCGACGGGAGUUGCGGGCGCCGGAGGAGUCCUGGCCGCCGUGGCUGCGGCCGGAGCGAGCGGGCCCGUGGCGGCUGCAGGAGGUGGAGGAGGCGGCUCCGGGGGAGCGGCGGCGACAGGCUCGGCUUCGGGCGACUCCAAAAACGAAGCACCUUGUGCUACACCACUGUUGUGUAGCUUUGGACGGGCCGUUGACCUAGAAAAAGAUGACUACCAGAAAGUUGUUUGCAACAACGAGCAUUGUCCCUUCAGCACUUGGAUGCAUCUUCAGUGUUUUUACGAAUGGGAGAGCAGCAUUUUGGCUCAAUUUAAUUGCAUUGGGAGAGCAAGGAGUUGGAACGAGAAACAGUGUCGGCAAAAUAUGUGGACCAAGAAAGGAUAUGAUCUUGCCUUCCGUUUUUGUUCAUGUCGAUGUGGGCAAGGCCAUUUAAAAAAAGACACAGAUUGGUACCAAGUAAAACGAAUGCAAGACGAAAAGAAGAAAAAAUCUGUGUCUGAAAAAAGCAGUGGACGAUCAACAUCGGAGUCUUCAGAAGAUCUUAAAAAGUGCAGGUCUGCUAACAAACCACUGAAGGGUUUAAACCAUGAUCUCCAACGACGGCAUUCAAUGGACAGGCAAAACUCUCAAGAGAAAGGCACUACUAGCAGUAAUUAUGCAGUCCGUUCUCCCUGCGGUUCUCCUGGGCAAUCUCCCCCAGCAGGUUAUUCUGUUCUUGCCCCCACCCAUUUCAGUGGCCCCCGCUCUUCGCGAUACUUAGGAGAAUUUUUGAAGAAUGCCAUUCAUUUAGAACCUCAUAGAAAGAAUAUGGCCAAUAGUGGUAUGUUUAGGAAUGCUCACUUUGAUUAUGGGACAUCUGGAUUACAAGCACAUAGAUCAGGACAUUUUGAUGCUCCAGUACAAUUUUUGAGAAGGCUUGAUCUAUCUGAACUCCUUGCUCACAUACCUAGGCAUAAAUUGAAUACUUUCCAUGUCCGUAUGGAGGAUGAUGCCCAAGUGGGUCAAGGAGAAGAUUUACGGAAAUUCAUUCUUGCAGCACUCAGUGCCAGUCACCGAAAUGUUGUCAACUGUGCGUUAUGCCAUAGAGCAUUACCUGUAUUUGAACAGUUUCCACUGGUGGAUGGAACCUUGUUUCUUAGCCCAUCAAGACAUGAUGAAAUUGAGUAUGAUGUUCCCUGUCACCUUCAAGGAAGGCUUAUGCACCUAUAUGCUGUUUGUGUAGACUGUUUAGAAGGGGUUCAUAAAAUUAUCUGCAUAAAGUGCAAAUCUCGGUGGGAUGGAAGCUGGCAUCAGCUGGGAACCAUGUAUACUUACGACAUUCUAGCAGCCUCUCCUUGUUGUCAGGCUCGGCUGAACUGUAAACACUGUGGGAAACCUGUUAUAGAUGUACGUAUUGGGAUGCAGUAUUUCUCAGAAUACAGCAACGUUCAGCAGUGUCCACACUGUGGAAACUUGGACUAUCAUUUUGUGAAGCCAUUUUCUUCAUUUAAAGUUCUGGAGGCCUAUUGACAAAAGCUUUGCCAUAGUAAUAGCUAUUUUAUGAGUAUUGUUCCAUUUAUUUUACAUAUCUUUUAUAAGAUCUGCUCUGUGAAGGGGAGGGGGGCUUUUUUUCUAAUUGAAAGGAAAUGCAGCAGCUUUGCGUGAUUGUGUACAUGUGUUCCUGUGUAGAUGUGUGUCAUUCAGACAGAGGUCCUCUUGCCAUGAUUUCAGUGAAGGCUGGAGAUGCAGCGUCAUCUUUUUCUCUCUCUCUAAAUAUCAUAUUAUCCUAGCUCUUUUCCAGAUGUGUUGGAAUUAUGCUGCCUGGGUAUUCUGAAACAGAUGUUUCAUCACAUCUGGAAAGUUGUCUACAUUCACCCAGCUUGGGAAGAAAAUUCCAUUCUAUUUCUUCCCUUUAUUGUUAAAUGAAACAGAGUGACUUCAAGAUAUGGAGAAGUUGUAGGUUGGCGAGGUGAACAGAUUUUCAUAAAUGUGUAGAAGAAAGAAAAUUGUAGGUCUGCCCAGAUGAAGAGUGAAAUCCAGUAUGAUGGGAGUAGAGUUCUGCUUAUGUGAUAAGGUGAUCCCUAAGGCCUUCGGGUGUGCUCUGAAAAUCAGUUCUGAAGAGUGGGAGACUCUUAGCAGAUGUUGAUGAUGUUGGGAGAAUAGAAAGUGGUUCCAUGCUAAGCAGCACUCCCAUUAUUACUGCCUUUUUCCAUGCACUCUAAUAUAUUUCAAGGCCUAAUAUAACAUAUGGAAGAGCAAGGGGAGGUGUGCCAUGGGAUCACAAAUUGUCAUAACCUCUCCCUUGCUUAAUAAUAAUCUAGAGACUUCAAGUUUGUAUGCAGAUCCUAGCUGUACAUUUUAGAUGAACUAAGAAAGGAUGCUGGAUAGUUGUACAGCCAGCUUUUCAAAGACAUUUUCCUUCUGUGUGCCUCUGUCCAAUGAUUAUCUUCAUAUUUUGCUCCAUGAUGAAUUUACAUCAUUCCUGGGAGCAAAAUCAGGAUAAUAUUAAUAGUGCUGGUUAAUACAGUUUGAGGCUCUGUUUGUUGAGAUAAACUUAACCAUUGACAAAUGAAUGUAAUACUAUGUCAGAAAAUGCACUGGUUAAAAUUGUUUUAUUUUUGCAUAGUGUCUUCCUGGGAUAUAUAUUUGAUAAUCAUAGUUACUCUCACUGACAGAUCAUGCUGUUUCCAUUAACAUUGUAAUUCAAACAGUCAGGGAAAUUUCUACGAAAAAAAAACAAGCUUGCAAUUUUAAUAAGUUGUGUUAUUUGAGCUUUUCUCGAGCAUUUUAAAGUCACCUUAGGGUGUUCAGUAAUACAGCAAAACUCAUUACAAAAUCUAUUAUCAAGAGAGGUAUCUGCAACUUAAUGUUGCUGGUUUUUUCAUUGUGAUUAACCCUUGUCUCUUGGUACAGUUAUAGUAAACGAUGUUCAAAGUAAAUGAAGGAUGAUAGAUUAGUGUGCCUACCUGUGAAUUAAUUUUCCUAUAGGUUGAAAUAUCUAAUAAUUUCUUUACAGUAUUUCAAAAGUGUUCUCUAAAACUAAAUGGUGUUUAUAGAACAGUUUUUAUUAGUUGUUCACAUAUCAUUUUGAAAAAUUUCUGCAGAAAUACUCCCAAGUUUAUGUGUGCAGAUAUGGGCUUGUGUAUAAACAGGCAAGGAAUCAAUUAAAAGACUAGCAUAUUUAAGGUUCAAAAGAAUUGCUAAAGACCUUAGUAAUUGGCUUACACCAGAGGUCCCCAACCUUUUGGACACCAGGGACCGGUGCCAUAAGAAAAAAAUUUCCGUGGACCAGAGGGGUAUGUGGUUUUGAAUACUGCCUGCAUCCCAAGGAUGGAGCUUUGCUUGUUUGUGCAGCCCAUUUGCUGGCAUGCUGCGGACCGGUGCUGGUCCAUGUACUGGAGGUUGGAGACCCCUGGCUUACACUAUUUUGUUGAAUAAUAGACCUCAAUAUUUUGAACCUCCCUGCUGUUUUGGAUACAUGUUAUCAUGUGGGGUGCAUUGUGCCCCAUGACUUGUGGAAUUCAUUUUAUGUCUUUUGAAACCUAGCUUGAAUUAAGUCAUACUGAAACAGGUUAAACCCACUUUUGGUACCUAUUUUGAAAUGGCACUUUUACUUAAUUUUUAAAACUUUUAAUGUAUGAGAAAUUAAAAAGUGAAAUAAUUGAAAUUAUUCUUUUUUGCACUCCUCAGAGAUACAAAAUCAAAGCUGAAGAAAUUUAAGAACAAAGUAAUUGUUUUGUGAUUAUUGUUCUUUUAUCAGUAUUGUAGUUACUUUUUCUGUACAUGUGCAAAGUUUUUGUUAAAAGUGAAUGCUGAGUCUUUUGAAAUUUGGUAGUCUUAAGUAUUUGGUUUUUCAGCACAAAUUCUUCAACAUUAGAGACAAAUGAUCUACUUGAAAAUGGAAUGUUUUUACUGAACUAUAAUCAUAACAUUAUUUCCAAAGAUGAGCAGGUAAAUGUAAUUUCUGUAGAUCAGCACUAAGGAGCAAAUGAGCUGUCACAUCAGAAAUUUGUGAUAGGAAUUUGCAAUAUAAUUUUAUUUUAGAUUUUUAUGGAUAUUGCAUGUGAUAAUUUGGAGUCUGUUGCAAUGAUGUGAUGGGUCAGCGUGGGCAGUAUAAACCUCUUUUCUUUUCCAGAGUUGUUGUGAAAUGUAGCAACAACAACAUUCGGUUAUAAUUUGGAUGGCUGUUCUGGGCUACUUAGCUCAAAACAGCUCUGGGGGAAGAAGUAAUUUGGAUGAGAGGGAAGAUUAGCAGUUCUUCAACAUGAUGCAACUUCCAUCAAGUAGCCCUGAAAAAAAAAUUAUACAGAGAAAUAAUUGCAAUUUUUAAGUGCAAUUUUCUCUACUUUGUAGUUUCCAGUGUUGGGUCUGUAACUUGCAGAAUUGGGAAUACUAGUUUCAGCCUAUCUGAAGAGUGUUAUUUGGGGGAACAUUGUUCUAGUGUGUGUAAGCUCUGUAGAGUUUUGGUGGAUCUAAUCACUCCAAACUUUGUACUGGAUAAUAAACAUUGUGUAGCAAAAAUAAUCUAUUGAAAAGAAAAUGCAUUGGGAUCAUGGCAGGCAUGAAUGAAAAGACACACAUGUUUCAAAAGUAUAAUAAAAUGGAUAUCCAAUAAUACAUGGUCUGAUGAACUAUGUUUUCUUUCAACCCUGCAAGACUGUCAAACUGUUUUCAUAGCUUGCAUAUGAAUUUGAAAUAUUUGGAUUCUAAUUUCCAAAAACAUUUAUUGUUAACAUUGUUGUAAUUAUUCAAGAGAGGGGAACUGUAGUGAAGUAUUUUACUUUUCAACUCAAUUGGACUUUUAUAUUGAGGCAUUUCUGUUACUGUUUAUUUUCUAAUUUGCAUGCCGUGUACAAUUUAGCAUUUCAUUUGGAUUACAAAUCAUGUUGCUCUUUCCCGUCACCAUGUAAAGAUAUGAACAUUGACAGUUGUAUAUGUGUUACUCCCUGAGGCAUAGAGUUCCUUCCUAAUUGAUAUAUUUGAUUGAUAUUAAAUUAUACUGGAAUGAUA